AUAAGUGUGAAAUAGAGGGAGUCUUUCUUUCACAGCUUCUAAUACAUUGCAAUCACUCGAUUAGUAGCAAUUACUCUGACUUUCUCUCCCUUUCUUGUAAUUUUUUCAUCCAUAAACUCUCUUCCUUCCCUCCCUCCCUCGCUCCCUCCUGCUUUCCUUCUUCUUGUCCUGUGGUGAUCAUGAUAUUCAAACCCAUUUCUAUUUGUUAUUAGAGCAUCUCCCCCAACCCUUUUUAUUUCUGCACCCCACCUGUUUGAUUAAAUGCCUACUCAACCAUCUUCCAAGCACUCAGACUGAGAGCAAUGGCCCUCCUAUUUCCUCACCUCAUCUCUACUCCAUCCCAUGUUUCUGCCCUUCCAUCCCAUUUUAUCCCCACUCUGCCUACCCUUAGAGUUUGUGUCAGCACCAGAACCAGCACAAAACACGAGCCCCUCCUCCCACCUUUAAUUACGUGCUCUUCCUCUCCUCACAAACUAGUCCGUGAUCCCAGAUUGGAUAAGCAUGUGCUGAAACAAAACAAGAUACGCUUUGUUCAAAAGCUCAAAACUCUCCUGCUUUCCAAACCAAAACACUUCAUGCCCAUUCAACUUCUCUACAAAUGCCGCUCUUACUUAUCUUUACCCAAACCACGCUCUCUCUUAUCAAUGAUCCGUCGUUAUCCCACCAUUUUCGAGCUCUUCACUAUUCCAACCCCACCUACACCAUUCCAUGCCUCUGGUCCGCUUUCUCAACUUUGUGUCCGUCUCACUCCAGCUGCUGAGGCCCUUGCGAGAAAGGAAACUGAUCUUAAGAAAUGCAUGUCUAACUCUUUGGCUGCAAAACUACAGAAACUUUUAAUGCUUGCCUCCCCAUAUCACAGGCUUCUCUUGUCCAAGCUUGUGCAUUUGGGUCCUGACCUUGGUCUGCCCAUUAACUUCCGCUCGCGCCUUUGCAAUGACCACCCAGAUAAGUUUAAGGUUGUCGACACUUCUUAUGGACGUGCACUUGAGCUUGUCAACUGGGAUCCAAAUUUGGCUAACAUCUUACCAUCACGUGAUGAAAAUGAAUCUGUUGGGCUGAUAGUCGACAGGCCAUUGAAAUUCAAACAUCUACGGCUGAGGAAGGGGCUUAAUUUGAAGAGGCAACAUCGUGAUUAUCUCAUAAAGUUCAGGGAACUUCCGAAUGUUUGCCCGUACAAUACUAACGUGACAGAUUUGGUGAAAGAGUCAAUUGAGGCCGAGAAGAGAGCUUGUGCCGUGGUGAGAGAGGUUUUAGGGAUGACAAUAGAGAAGAGGACUUUGGUGGACCAUUUAACGCAUUUUAGGAAGGAGUUUGGAUUGCCAAACAAGCUGAGAGGAAUGCUGGUGAGGCACCCUGAGAUGUUUUAUGUUAGCUUAAAGGGUCAAAGAGAUUCUGUCUUUCUGGUGGAGGGAUAUAAUGAUAAGGGUGUACUUGUGGAGAAGGAUGAAAUUUCGGCCAUAAAAGAUGAGCUGAUGGAGCUAGUACGAGAAGGGAAGAGGAUGAGAAGAGAGAGAAGAAAAGAAAACAUUUAUGGUGAUGUCAAUAAAAGCAACACUCAACCGUUGGACAAUCAAGUUGAUGAUGGAUAUUAUGACGACUUUGCAGAUGAUUUAGAUGAUUUGUUCCAACUAGAAGAUUACAGUUCUGAGGAUGAUGUGGACGAUGAUGAAAAUGAAGAGCUAAUGAGGUUGCAAGAGAAAGGGGAGUUUUGGAUGGCUGAGAGAAAUGCUUCUUCAAUAAACCAGAAUGACUGUGGUUCAGGUCCCUGGUAGUAUGCUGUAUUAUUAACAUAAUUCCUUACGAGUAGUU